ACCUACGAGUUUUUUCAUUAAAUUUUGGUGCAAAUACUGGACAAAUGUUUUACCGAUACGAGCAAUAUUACCAAGAGGGAAGCCCUAAAAAGAUCCAACAUUUUUCAGUCUGCAAAGAAAAUUCAUUUGCCCAAAAGUGCCAUUUUUAAGAAUUGAUUUUUUCAUUCCUCAAAAUCUUUUACAAUUUAUAUUAGAUUCUUAGUUAGGCCCAACUUGGUUUUUGUCUGUUUCAAAAGAUUCCGCCUCAAUUUUAUCUGCAACUUCGCUGCUUUUUUCAAUUACGGACGCCACUGGUAUUAUUAAACAUAAUAUAUUAUUUUUUAAUUCGGAUUUGUUUACCCUUUGCCUUAUCUUUUUUAUGAGGGGGUUCUUAAGAACCGAAAUAAUAAAUAACCGGUUAUUAUUUAGUAAGCAAUUUUUUGCAACGCAAGAAAGAUGCAUUGUACGCAAAAAUUUCUCUCGACAAUUUUUCUAACAUUUGAAAUAUCAUUUAGCUUAUCUACACACAACUCGUGUCCUUUCGAACAAUCAAUUGUCUACAAUAGUCCAAUAAAAGCAAAUUGGUCGUCAGUAAAAAACGCUCCUAAUGAAGUAAUCAUUUCACAACCAGAGUGUUUAACCUAUGACCACAAAAUAAUCACAAGAAUUUGUAUCAAUGGGCUAUGGCACCCUCCAAACCCACCCUUGUGCCACCAAAACAAUUCAAUAAUUUUCCAUAAAAACGCACCACUGUAUAAUUGUCCCAAAAACUGUCGUUCGGUCAAUCUAUUUAAGUGUUUUUGCAAAUCAACAACUUGUGAUAAUUUGGCGGUUGUUGGCACCCUUCAGGAAAAGAAAACUGUGGAGCUGUUGGUAGGGGAUGAAGUGUGUCAAUUGGGCCAAGUCGUCCCUGGAAUUCCCUCAUUUAUGAAUGGAACGGUUUGGCAGUUUGGAGUGAUUCAAACAGGGUGCAAAAUUUGCGAAAAACGGGCCAUUAACUCGUUUGAAACGAGACUUGUUUUGACUUUUGAGGAAAAAAACACCAGUCUUUAUUUACUAGUUUACCACCCCGAAGGGGUCAAAAAAUCCAAAGAGGGCAAAUACGUGAUUUUUUGCCUCACUAAUUCAGGGAAAUAUGAAGUGAAAGAGCGAGCAAAAAUUAGUCAAGUGUACGAAAAUUUCGAUCUCUCGUUACUUGUGUAUAAGGUAAAGUUGGGGAAGUUUUUGGGGGAGUAUCGGUGCAAGGGUUACACCCCAAGUCUGUCAGUUUUAAACUCGAAUAAAGUCAUUGCGUUUCGGAAAAAAGAAGGUAACGAAUAUUCACUCAGAUUCACGACUUUGGUCACGUCUGACUUGAACAAAUUCAUUUCGAAAACACUCCAGAAACUAAAAACGAACUUGGGUUCUGAGAUUCGUUUGAUGGAGAUUUUCAAUUACAACAGUCACUCUAACUUUCUUGAUGUCCUAGUCCAUGUCACAACAACCCAAAAACGUGAAAUCGAGCCAGAAUUUCGUGACUUAUGGCAAAAAAUAUGCAACACAAGUGUUGACGUUAAAUUCUUCCGAAAUUGUGAAUUCUGUCUAAGUGAAAAAAAAAUCAAUCUCACUUGGCCCCUUACCAAACGUAACAAUGCCAUAGUCCCAGAGGAAUUUUGCCUUCUGGAGGACUCCAUACCUUUGACUCGACGUUGCAACGGUGAUUUCCUCUAUGGAGCAGUGUGGGAAAAAACCCCAGUCCAGAAAUGCGCAAAAACCGAACCCGAAUCCCCAACAACCAAGAAAUUGAAAGAAUUCGCCAAAAAUAGCUCUUCGGUGCAAAAUCUCUGGAACAUUGUCAAGAACGCAACACUUGGGGUCUUGGACAUUUAUUACCUGGAUUUGAUUUUGAAAAAAAUCCGCCAAAACAGCGUCUUGGCUUUUAACAUUGUGGAUAAACUAAUGGCAACCGAUCGCCACAUUUUGCAAAAAUCGCAACACAUUUUAAAUUUGACUGAUGCCACUUUGGAGCUAGUUGACGAAAUUCUGGCAAGUGAGAGUUUCAACCCUCUGGAAGUGCAACUGUAUCGGAAGAACAACCUCCUAGUGCACAUUUCAAACCCGUUUUUGACCAAUAUUUCGGGAAUUUUAUUGUACAAUAACCGCCAAGUUGUGAAUUUCCAACGUGGGGUAAACUUCACGGCCAUGGAGGAGAGGGACUUGGACCUGGGGGUACACCUCCCGGAGCAACUCCUGGAGCAGAUCCGCAACGAAACGCAAAAUGUGUCCGAAGUUUUCGUCAUAAUUAUGGUUUUUUUCAACGAUAGUUUAUUCCUGGAUGAUGAUUUUUAUCAUUCGGACAGCUUCGUCAUCAGUGUGACUAUUCCAGGUCAUGGUGCCUAUUUACAAACCCCUAUCACUAUAGCGUUUCGCCCUAAAAUAACCCCCGAAUUGCCGCCUUGUUGUGGUUUUUGGGACAUUGGUAAAAGUUCUAAUUGGAAAAAAGGACAAUGGUCCGAAAUUGGAGGCCAAUUUUCUGGCAAAUUGAAAGAUUUGCAAGUUUGUUCCUACUCACAUUUGACUCACUUUGCCCUACUUUUAAUGAGCGACAAGACGCACCUUGACGAAGACGACGUCAUUAUUGCUAAUGAAGAUUACAACGAUUAUAUUUUAGAAAUUAUAACAAUAAUUGGAUGCUCGUUAUCACUUUUUGGCAUUUUUAAUGUUUUCCUCACAGCAAUGUGCUACAAACAGUGGUACCAUAAAACUGGCACUAAAAUUUUACUAAAUUUAUGUUUGGCAAUCCUACUUGAAUCAAUCUGUAUCCAAUUAUCCGAAAUCAAACCAUUAAAAACGCACCAAAACUUGUGUAAAAUAAUUGGAAUGAUUCUACAUUAUGUCGUAUUGAGCAAAUUCACCUGGAUGUUAAUUUAUGCAUUGUUACAAUACUACCGCUUCGUUAAAGUGAUUGGAGUCAUUCCGCAGAAAUUGGUCCUAAAAUCGUUGAUUCUGGGUUGGGGGGUUCCCCUAGUUUUGGUGUUUCUGGUCGGUUUAACAAAUGAUCAAAGUUACGUUUCGGAAUCGUUUGAAUUGUGUUAUCCUCGCGGUUUGUUGCUUUGUUUCGGUGUUUUGCUCCCGAUUUGUGUGAUAGUUGUGGCAAAUAUUUCGAUUUUUUGUGUCAUUAUGUACAAUGUUAGUAACACGGUUGCUGGUAAUCGCAAAUUGUUGAAACCGCGGUUGUAUUUAGCUUUGUUGUUGUUUUCGGUUCUUGGGAUUCCCUGGGUUUUUGGGUUUGUUGCCGAGCUUUUGAAUGGUUCAGUUUUGAAAAUCGUUCUUUUUUACGUGUUUUGUGUCACUGCGACUUUGCAAGGUUUUGUGCUAUUUUUAUUUUAUGUUGUUUUGAAUAGGGAGACUCGUUAUUUUUGGGUGACAAAGUUAAUAAAAAAAUAAAAUUGACACUUACUUGUUUUAAUUUGUUAAAACCAAGAGCUCCAACACAUAUGUCCCUCUUGCUGCACUAUAAGUGUUGUUUUGCAUUCCUUUAAAAUUGAUUAAA